AUGUCCGGCUCAUUGAACGAUGUGCUAUUUCGUGAUUAUCAGAUAAAUACUCUGUCAGCUUUCUUACAUAGAGAUCCAAGCAUAACUCCGCCAAACUUGGUGAUUCAAGGGCAUAGUAGCACUGGAAAGACAUUCGCACUGAAAAGGUUCUUUGAGACCAAUCAGGAACUAGUGAACGCUUGGCUGGAACCAAUUGAAUUAGUGACAUGGAAGCCUUUGAUGCAGGCGGUCCUUAGGACGGUUCAAAAUGGUCUAAGAUCGCUGUAUCCUGAGGUAAGUAUUCAAGAAAGUGAUCCGCUCGACGUGGAAGAAACCUACUUGCUUGUUAAGCUGCUGACAAAUUUGUUGUCACAAUACGAUAGUCUUUUGCAAGAGGAACUUAGUUUCUUCUUGGUUUUUGAUGGCCUUGACCAGUUAAACGAUUUGGAUGCAGUUCUCUUCCGGAAACUAAUAAAGCUACAUGAGUUGCUACCAGCGAGCUCCAAGAUCCAGCUCAAAUUCGUCUACACCAUACAGGAUAUGGCGUUUGUCGAGCGAUAUUCAUCACAUUGUCUACCCGUCGUAGUGUUUCCCAGGUACACAACAAAGGAAGUAACAGAAAUAUUGAUAGCAACCAGAGCUGAUGACCUAAUCAUGAGUGACGCCCUCCGAGAAAAGGUGCUAAAAGAAGGUAUAACGGAAUGCACGGACGAACAGUUUCUUGGCGUUGCGAUAAAUUUUAUUCAACUGAUCGUUCAGUCGUUCCAUUCAUACACAGGAAACAACAUAGCGGCACUUAAUGAUCUGAUUGAUUUCAAGUGGGACUCAUUCGUAGAUAAGGUGAUCAAGGAGAACAUAUUUGAACCAUUGGCGCUUUACAGAGCUGCAAAUAAGGUGUUUUCUAGCACAGGCGACACGUUCAGCCCCGAAGACUCCGAAAGCGCAGAGAUAACAAAUGAGGUGGCCCUGUCUUAUGAGCUUUCAGCCAUCUCCAAGUACCUCCUCAUAGCUGCAUAUAUCUGUUCAUAUCUGGAGCCCCGAUAUGACAGCAAUGUCUUCUCCAAAAAAUCGCAUAUCAAGACCGGCAGGGCCUCGUACGGUCGAAGAAAGAAGAUAGAGACAAAUCCAAGAUUUCUGCAACCAUCCAUUUUCCCUCUUGAAAGAUUGCUGGCCGUUUUCCAAGCCAUUUUUCCUGUCGAGCGGAAAGCUCAGAGUGGCUCUUUGGCCUUGCUCAAGGAAGAACCACUUAUGAGAGCCAAUGUUGAAGUAUUUCAGAAUUUGGCAGAGCUUCACACUUUGAAACUCGUCUCGACAACUGUCGCAAGAAAUAUCGAUUUUCUCAAUUAUAAAGUGAAGUGGAAAGUCAACGUACCUUGGGAAAUCAUCAACGAGAUAGGCAGGUCGGUCGAUUUCGACGUUGGCCAGUAUUUUGGCGGGCAGUAA